AUGCUCGACAGCAAAUAUGAGUUGCAUGAUAUCUCGGCCCCUCCUUCGCAACGUCGCCAGUCGCUAGGUUCCGGCGGAGAAUCGGGAUGUUCGCUCUUAUACGGUGACUCCAAAGAUCGAUCGGUCGAAGAACGGGCUCUUGUCUGGAAAAUCGACCUGCAUAUCAUUCCCCUCGUUUGUAUUAUCGAUUUCUUACAGUUUCUAGAUAAAUCCGCCAUCAACUAUGCCGCGCUCAUGGGAUUGAAAGAAGAUAUCGGUUUAACGCCCAAUCAAUAUGACGUGAUCGCUUCACUUUUCUAUCUCGGCUACUUUUGCUACCAGAUCCCCAAUAAUUAUUGUCUCCAAUAUGUGCGCAUUGGUCGUUAUAUGGGUAUUUUAUUGAUCGUUUGGGGGUCAAUCCUGGCGGCUACAGCUGCAUGUAAAACUUAUUCCCAGUUGGCGGCGAUGCGAUUUCUGCUGGGCUUUGCCGAAGCCGGGAUCUAUCCUUCGUUGAUCUUACUGAUCAGCACAAUGUACCGACGAGCUGAACAAACGUGGCGACUGGGCAUCUUUUGGCUCUGCAACGGCUUUGCUCUUGCUAUUGGUGGUCUUAUCGGUUAUGGUGCCGGUCACCUGAAUGGCGGAGGUUUACACGCUUGGCAAUGGUUCAUGAUCAUUUUGGGCGGUGUUACUGUUCUAGUGGGUAUUUUCACCUAUUUCUUCCUGAUUGAUGAUCCGCGGUCUUUACGCUGGCAUCACAAUGCCGAGGAACAAAUCAUGGUCGACGAGCGGAUUCGUGAUAACGCCGUGGUGCGAACUUCGCAUGUAAAAUAUGACCAAAUAUGGGAAGCUUUGAAAGAAUCCCGAUUUUGGUGUUUUUGCCUUAUCAGCUUUUUAGCCAAUAUGCAAAAUGGCGCCCUUACCAAUUACAGUGCUCAGAUAACAGAGAGUUUUGGCUACCAAGAUCUGGAUGCCAUUUUACUGCAAAUUCCUACAGGUGUGGCUGAUAUCAUUUACAUCUGUGUAGCAGCCUGGGUCACCACCAAAACAGGUCAGACCAUCUACGUCGGUUGCGCCUGUCUCAUAGGCACUGGGACGGGACUGUUGCUACUUGAAUUUAUUCCCCUUCAAAAGGCGAAAUUGGCAGGAUUGUACCUUUGUUGGGGUUACGCAGCGGCCUAUGUGAUGUUGGUAGCGACCACCACCGCCAAUGUUUCCGGCUACACAAAGAAAAUUUUUUACAACGGAAUGUCCAUGAUCUUCUAUACCAUAGGCAAUUUUGUCGGUCCUUUUUUGAUGAACAUGACAGAGGAUGGGGCUCCCGUGAAUGGGUUGCUCGGUUAUGUCAUUGCGGAUUUUCUGGCCGUCGCUCUCUUCCUCUUCACUCGAUGGCAAAUGCAUCAAAUCAAUGAAAAACGGCUUCGAGAACCGUCCGUGUCAUGCAAUGAAGAAGACGAUAUCACUGAUGCCCAAGAUCCAAAUUUUAUAUACCGAUUGUAA